UGAAAUCAUCAUCAAACGUUGAUCGGAGAUGAGACGACGACCAGGAAUUGGCGGUUUACAAACUGCCGCCGCUGCUAGGGAUCAAUACAGACUAUUGGGAGAGAAUGUCGCCAAAUUACGAACCGAUCUUAUGAAAGAACAACUCUCCACUUUUCGUUCUCAGUUAGAAGACUUUGCUCGCAAAUACAAGAAUGAUAUCAAGAAGAAUCCUAUUUUUAGAUCACAGUUUCAUGAGAUGUGUGCUAAAGUAGGUGUGGAUCCACUAGCGUCGAAUAAGGGUUUUUGGGCUGAGCUGUUGGGGAUUGGUGAUUUCUAUUAUGAGCUUGGUAAUGAUCUGGUUUAAGAUGUGAAUCUUGUAAUUG